GUCUCGGAGAACUGACUCUGCCGCCUUCCCAGAUACCAUGUCUGAUGUGGUUCACGCACGCUCGCCGUCUGCCCCCUCACUCAGCGUGCCACGUCCGCCACUGCCGCCACAGCAGCAGCACCGCCACCGCACAACCCACGAAACUAACUCAGGGCCCCGCACACCAUGUGAGACUUGUGCCAGCCUGCGUGCCACCAUAGACAAAGUAGAGAAGGAAAAGGAGGAGGCCCUCAGAGAGCAGAACGAGACAUUCCAGAAACAGCUGGAGGAAAUAUCUAGGAACCGCAAACGUCUCGAAGAGGAAAGAUUAAAGACGCUGCGUCAAAGGAUACGGAAAGAGCUGGAGGAGGAGAUGGAGGAGCUGCGGCGGACCUGGAAGGCGGAGUCUACCGCGGCUGUGGAGGAGGCGUGUCAGGAGACCCAGAGACAGGCGGAGAGGGAACGGGAGAGACAGAUGCAGGCGGUGAAGGAGGCAGCAGAGUCCUAUUACAAGCAGUGUGUUAAGGACGCAGUGGCGGAGACGGUGGCCGAGGAGCGGAAACGGUCGGAGAUGCAGAAGAUCUCAUUGAGGAGGCGACAUGAGGAGGAACUGAAGUCCUUCCAGGAGAAGAUUUGUGCAGUACAGGAGCAGCUGACCUGCGUCGUCCGGGAGAAGAACGACUUUGAGAGUCAAUUUAAGGAGUUACAGCUGAAUUACAAGCGGUUUAUUGACCUGACAGACUCCGCCCUUCACUCUGAUUACCUUUUGCGCUUGAUCCGCUUGGGAAAACCUCCAGGAUACGCCCACUGCGCCAUCCAGACCGAUGAGGAUGUCCAUCCUUAACAAUGUUCUAGAAUAAACCAGGCUGUAGAAUAUAAGCUUAGGAUCAGUAUUUGCUUCAUGUUCAUAUUGUG